AUGUCCUUCAAGGGCUUUCAAAAGUCCCUGGUCAGAGCGCCUCAAACGUUCAAAGCCAAGUUCAAUUUAGGUGAACAAACGAAAGAUGCUGUUUACAUUGACGCGGAACGGCGAUUCCAGGAGCUGGAAAGCGAGACGAAAAAACUGCACGAUGAGAGUAAGAAAUACUUCGAAGCUAUUAACGGCAUGAUGAACCACCAGAUCGAAUUUUCUAAAGCGAUCGCCGAAAUUUACAAACCAAUCUCUGGAAGGGUGUCGGAUCCGGAUUCCCUGGUUCAAGAAGGGAAUCCAGAGGGGAUCAGGGCGUGUGAAGAAUACGAAGAAAUUUGCAAGGACCUCUUGGCAACUUUACAACCAGAGUUAGAAAUGAUUGAGACCAGAGUUAUUCGACCUGCCGACGAAUUAUUAGAGGUCAUUAAGGUUAUAAGAAAGACCGCGAUAAAACGUCAACACAAGCAAUUGGAUUAUGAUAGACAUCGAGCUUCACUUAAGAAACUGCAAGACAAGAAGGAGAAGAGUCUAAAGGAUGAGAAAGCCAUGUAUAAGGCGGAGAAUGAUGUUGAACAAGCAACUCAAGAGUUCAAUUAUUAUAACGAUCUUUUGAAGGACGAGUUACCUAAGCUCUUUGCUUUGGAGCGCGAGUUCAUCCGACCUCUGUUCCAAUCGUUUUACUAUAUGCAACUUAACGUCUUUUAUACCCUACACGAGAGGAUGCAAGGAUGUGAUAUUGGAUAUUUUAAUCUUCAACUCGAUAUCGAGGAAGGUUUCGAGGCAAAACGAGGUGAUAUCCGAGACCAGGCAGAAGCGCUUUCCAUUGUGAAGUUCAAGACGACAGGUGCCAAACGUCCACCAAAACCUCUUGCUCUCGGCGGACCUAACCGUCUUGCUAUUGAAAAUAAGCCAUCAUCUACAUCUACAGCACUGACUACCACUCCAAAUCGUCGCGCAUCCACUGACUUUCAAUCAUCGGAGAAGCCACCGCCACCUUACUCCUCUAUGUUAUCUCCUACCAACCCUGGAAACAGCGUGAUGCGAUCGGCGUCGACGGGUAGUUCGUGGGGAGCUGCUGCGAAAGCGAAAAAGGCGGCACCUCCACCGCCAAAGCCAAAGCCAUCGAGGCUCAGCGGAGCACCAGCUGCGGAGACUGCUACCGCAUUGUAUGAUUAUGAGGCACAAGCUGAGGGGGAUCUGAGCUUCGCUGCCGGAGAGAUCAUUGAGAUUGUGACAAGAACGAGCAAUGAGAAUGAAUGGUGGAUUGGAAAGAUUCAUGGAAAACAAGGUCAAUUCCCUGGAAACUAUGUCAAAGUCAAUUAG